AUGGAGAUUCGUGAUCCUGGGAAGAAAAGACGUGUCUGGUUGGGCACGUUCGACACGGCGGAGGCGGCGGCACGUGCUUACAACAUCGUCGCUCGUGAGUUCCAUGGAUCUAAAGCUAAAACUAACUUCCCUUUACCAUCGGAGGUGCACAGUCCUAGCCAGAGCAACACUGUAGAGUCACCCAGCCAGCCAUGGCGGUUUCGCCACUGGAUAGAAAAAUAUUGGAAGGGGUUUGGAUAUUUUGGUCGUCGGCAUAACAGAGAAUUUGGGGAGGGAGUUUGGGAGGGCAUGAACCUUGACCCGGUUAAGUAUUUGCAAUUCUUGAGGCUGUGGGCAGUGUGGAGUGUGGACAUUUCUUUCGGGAUUAAGAUGGGAGUUCAAUACAGGCACCCAGAAACCCAUAUUCUCAAUACUGUGCUAAGAAGCAUUGAUGAGACAAGAGGAAGAGAGCAAGAGCUGGGGCAUGUGCAUGUGCUUCUUGUCUCCUUUUUCUCUCUAUGGACUAUACUUCACAUGUAA